GGUGGAAGGGUUGAGCUGAGCAAGUGUUUGCUGGAGGAGGAAGAGGAGGAGGGUUGGGGACCGGGAGCUGGCUCGCACUCCCCGAGCCGCACGGGGAGCAGAGGACGGGGCUGCCCCACGCCUGCUGGCCCCCAUGGCCGAUGACAUCGAGUGGCUGGACCUGCCGGGAAGGUGGACCUACGGCGUCUGCGGGGACGGACGCAUCUUCUUCAUCAACGACGAGACCAAGUCCACGAGCUGGGUGCACCCCAGCACAGGUUACUCCGUCCAGAGCGGGCACUUCUCCUGCGCCGGGCUGCCCCGAGGCUGGGAGGUGGACACCACGCUGCACGGGGGCUUCUACUUCAUCAACCACAAUGAAAGGCGGAACACGUUCCUGCACCCAGUGACGGGCCAGGUCCCAGAAGAAAACUCAAGACUGGACUUGCAGAAACCGACCUUGGACAUGUCAAGCAAAGCAGGCGGCAAGCGCCCGGCGACCAGCAGCAGCAGCGAGCCCUCCAACCACGCCAUGGUGUCGGAGGUGCCCCCGGAGCGCCCCGGAGGCCGGGUGAGUGCCCGGAGCCAUGCGGCACGGCGGGCGGUGGUGGAGACGGGGUGCUGGGGGUCCCCCAGGGCGCUGAGUGCCUCCUCUCCCCCUCUGCAGGCAUCGCGCCCCUCCCGCAAGGGCAUCGCCUUCGGGAAGCGCUCCAACUCCAUGAAGAGGAACCCCAACGCUGCCGUGACCAAAAGUGGCUGGCUCUACAAGCAGGCCAGCUCGGGGGUGAAGCAGUGGAACAAGCGCUGGUUCGUGCUGGUGGAUCGCUGCCUUUUCUACUACAAAGAUGAGAAGGAGGAGAGCAUCCUGGGCAGCAUCCCCCUCCUCAGCUUCCGCGUGGCGGCCGUGCAGCCCUCCGACAACAUCAGCAGGAAGCACACCUUUAAGGUGACUGUGUGCUGGGUGGAGGAGGUGCCGGCGAGUAACGGGCAGUCCCUGUCUCCCCAGGCCGAGCACGCCGGCAUCCGGACCUAUUUCUUCAGCGCCGAGAACACGGAGGAGCAGGAAUCCUGGAUCCAAGCCAUGGGCGAAGCCGCCCGGGUGCAGAUCCCCCCCACCCAGAGACACGAGAAGACAGACUCGGAAAACAUCCCUCCCAGCAAGCACCACCACCACCGCAACGCCGUGCACCGCGAGCACCCCAAGGCCGACCCCGACGCCAAGACCCGGGGUGAAGGCGACGGCCGGGGCUCCGAGAAGAUGGAGAGGAAACCGGAGAGGAUGGAGAGCAAGAAGGAACCUUUAGCCAAAGCCAACGGCAUCGCGGGGCAGGAGAUGCCCUCGGAGCCCGGCAGCCCUUACCCCGAGGGACCCCGGGUGCCACCGAGCACGGAGAGGCCGACGCAGCCCAACGGGUGGCCCUACUCUUCCCCCAGCCGCCCCGGCAGCACCGCCUACCCCCCACCCGACGGGGAGAGCGCUGCCCACCGCCGCAGCUUUGCCCCCCGCACCAACCCCGAGAAGAUCGCCCAGCGCAAGAGCUCCAUGACGCAGCUGCAGCAGUGGGUGAACCUGCGCCGGGGCAACGUGCCCCCCGAGGAGCUGCGGAGCCCCACCAGGUUUUACCCCGUUUCUCGCCGGGUACCCGACUACUACUCGCCCUACUCGCCCCAGUACCCCGAGGACUACCAGUACUACCCGCCCGGCGUGCGCCCUGACAGCAUCUGCUCCAUGCCCGCCUACGAGCGCGUGAGCCCGCCCUGGGCGCUGGAGGACAAGCGCCCCUCCUUCCGCAACGGGGGCCCCUACCAGCUCCGGGAGUGGAAGGAGCACCCCGCUUUUGGCCGCCAGGACGUCCCGCUUUGGCUCGCCGGCCCCGGCAGGCAGCCGACUUAUUUCGACGAGGUGGACGCCGCCUCGGGGUCCCUGCGGCGCAUGUCACUGCAGCCCCGCUCCCGCUCCGUGCCGCGCUCGCCCAGCCAGGGCUCCUACACCCGGGCUCGCGUCUACUCCCCCGUCCGCUCGCCCAGCGCCCGCUUCGAGCGGCUGCCACCCCGGGGAGAGGAAAUUUACGCCGACCCCGCCGCCUUCAUGAUGAGGAGGUCCAUCAGUUCGCCCAAGUACGACUACCUGGGCGACAGGCGGCCCGUCCCCGCGGGGAUGUUCCCGUACCACUACCCAGCAUCUCCCACGGUCCACGACAAAAUGGAUGAACUUUUAGACCUGCAGUUGCAAAGAAACCUAGAGUAUUUGGACCAGCAGAUGAGCGAGAGCGAAACCCUGAUCAGUAUGGUGAACAGGAUGGUGGAGACCUCCUCCCCUAGGGCUCAGCUCUACAUGCAAGUGACGCCCUUCCCCGAAGCCUACAGGGAGCCUCUGCACGCCUACAAGAUAAGCGAGCAAGACACCGAUAAGCUGCUGGGGAAGCUGUGUGAGCAGAACAAGGUGCUGCGGGAGCAGGAGAGGCUGGUGCAGCAGCUUCGAGCGGAGAAGGAGAGCCUGGAGAGUGCCCUGAUGGGGACGCACCAGGAGCUGGAGAUGUUCGGCAGCCAGCCAGCUUAUCCGGAGAAGCUGCUGCACAAGAAGGAAUCGCUGCAGAACCAGCUCAUCAACAUCCGCGUGGAGCUCUCGCAGGCCAGCACGGCUUUGGCCAACAGCACCGCUGAGUACGAGAGCCUGGAGAGCGAGGUGUCCGCCCUGCACGACGACCUCUGGGAGCAGCUGAACCUCGACAUCCAGAAUGAAAUGGUCAACAGGCAGAUCCAGAAGGAGAUCUGGCGGAUCCAGGACGUGAUGGAGGGGCUGAGGAAGAACAACCCGUCCCGCGGCACGGACACCGCCAAGCACAGAGUGGCCAUCGGCCCCUCGGGCACGUACAGCUCCAACAGCCCUGCCAGCCCCCUGAGCUCGGCCAGCCUCACCAGCCCCCUGAGCCCCUUCUCCCUCGUCUCCGGCUCCCAGGGCUCGCCCACCAAGCCGGGUCCCAGCGAGGAACCCGGCCCGCCUCGACCUCCCCUCCCCAAGUCGUAUGUCCCCCUGGAGCCUCCUCCGACCGUCCCUCCGCUCCCUAGCGAGAGCCGCCCCUGGCCGUACCCCACCUCCCCUUCCUGGCAGCGAGGCGGCGAGGCGCAGAGGGGACAGCCCAAGCCGAGCUUCGAGCAGAGCAAGAAGGAGACGCAGCGAGCGGCUGCCCCCACUGCCCCCGCCGAGGGGCCACCGGGCAGGCAGGAGCAGGAGGCAGAGAAGCAAGCGGCUCUCAACAAAGUGGGCAUCGUGCCCCCCCGAACCAAGUCUCCGCCGGAGGAGGAGGUGGUGCCCGCGGGCAGCAUGCUGAGGAGGAGCGCCGGCGGCAUGGCCAACGGGCUGGGAUCCAAGGAGAGGCCGAAGAGCGCCGUGUUUGCCAACGAGACGAAGGUGAAGAUGAGCGUGGAGGAGCAGAUCGACCGCAUGAAGCGCCACCAGAGCGGCUCCAUGAAGGAGAAGCGGCGCAGCCUGCAGCUGCUGGGCAGCCAGCAGCCCGACACCCCCGGCACGAAGGCACCUGCCUCCUACAAGGUGGUGCGCCGGCACCGCAGCAUCCACGAGGUGGACAUCUCGGACCUGGAGGCAGCGCUGCGCUCCGACGACCCCGGCAAGGUCCACGAGACGCCCCGGGAGGAGAUCGCCCGGCUGCGCAAGAUGGAGCUGGAGCCGCAGCACUACGACGUGGAUAUCAACAAGGAGCUAUCCACGCCGGACAAAGUCCUCAUCCCCGAGCGGUACAUCGAGCUGGAGCCCGACACGCCGCUCAGCCCUGAAGAGAUGAAGGAGAAGCAGAAGAAGGUGGAAAGGAUAAAAACCCUCAUUGCCAAGUCCAGCCUGCAGAACGUCAUCCCCCUGGGCGAGGGGGAGGUGGACACCCCCCAGGACCCCGAAACGCAGCUGCAGGAGCAGGAGAAGAGGAUAGAGAUCUCGUGCGCGCUGGCUGCUGAGGCGUCCCGCCGGGGCCGCAUGCUCUCGGCUCAAUGCGCUACCCCAAGCCCUCCCACCUCCCCAGCCUCCCCGACUCCACCGACCAACCCCCUCUCGUCUGAACCAUCCCGGGUCGCCGACAGCAGCCAUUUUAUGCGUGUCUGAGCCAUGAACUCAAGCCCUGGCCGCUGCCAGCGCCGUCAAGUUCCACGGGGCCACGUUUUAGCGCGCCAACAUGCGCCCCGACUCGACACCGAACCUCUCCUCGGCCAUCGUUUUUGGUUCUCCUGGACCCCUCCCUCCUUCCCACCAACGGCGAGACCCCCCCGGGAUGGAUGAGCGGGGAGAUGUGGCACGGAUGGCACCCGCUGCUCUGCCCCGUCCUGGAGGAGACGUGCGGGUGCUGGGAGUUGCUCUGCUGGAGCGUGGUCCCCAAGGACGGGGGGUCCCGAGCUGCCCGCCGGCACAGGGAUGGAUCUGUGGUGGCCUCGGUGCCAGGCUGGCUGGGACAGCCGUACAGGGGGGCAUUUGCAGCAGUGGUCUUGGCACAGCCAGCCCUCCCCUUGCUGGGGCAGCCCUGGAGGAGCGCAGCACCCUCCACCUCUCCGUGCGGAUGUGUUGGCAUCCCAAAAGUCUGCAGCGGGGCUCCUCCAGCUGGAGCUCAACCAUCCCACCACAGGUGGUGCUCUCACCGCGCUCUGGAGGCUCCAUCUCUGCUCUUUGGCUGCUCGCUGCCUUCCCUGUGCCCUCAAACUGCUUUUAGCAUCUGUCUGGCUGGAGGGAGUCACCAGCAGAGCCUGGCAGCUCCAUCACGCCUCGUGCCCGGGGCUAAGCAGAAGGAAGGAGGAGCUGUGCGGGGUCAGAUGGAGAGGGGACAGGGGGGACACGGGGAGCUGGGACAGUGCGAGGGCUGCCCGGUGCGGUGCUGGCACGGAGCAGCAGGUCUGGGAAGGGACAGGGAUGUUGGAAAGGAGCAGAGGAGCGGCACGAAGCCAGGGCUCGCUGGGCCGAGCAGGGAUCUGUGCGGGUGGCUGGGGACGGUGCCAAGAAGGGGACUGGGUUCGGGCCACGAGCAGCAGUGGGGUUUGGCCUCAGUGCGCUCCUACAAACAGCGAUGCUUUGCCUGUGGUCACCCCCAGCACCCAUGGGUGCCCGAGGCUGGGGGGACACGUGGGGAGCAUCUCGGGGCUGCAAAGAGCCGGGACCCCCUUGGGCAUCCCCUCUGUGCAAGCCGGGCUGCUGGAGGAGGGGGCUCCUUGCCCCACAGCCCCGGGCUGGGUCAAUGAGCACCGGGGGGUGACAGAUUUGGGGGACAGGACUGGGGGGACCCCAGCUGUGCUCGCAUCCUCCGGUGCCAGCACGGGCUGGGACCCUCUGAAAACCUGACAGCGCACCCCACCCCGAGACCUUGCCAUUGCACUCCAACCCCCGUGGCUUGUUCAUUUAUUUUUUCUGUAGCGGGUUUACCCUUUUCUUUAGCUUUUCAGAGGGAGGACCAACAGCUGCUCCUGCCGGGAAGCAGCAUCAGGCUGCGCAGGGCUGGGUGGGGGGGAGGCGCACGGGGUGAGGAUCCCGAUGCUGACCAUCCCCUCGCUUUUUCCCCACUGGCCGGAUCCCAAAUCCCUGGCCAGCCCCCUGCCCUGUACCCGCGUGCUGCCACCAGGCCACCCCUCUGCGCCCCCAUCGCUCCCCCAAUCGUAGCAAUACUCCUCGGAUCCCAGGAACCCCAAGUCCCGCUCCGCUCCCGAGCCUCCUGCUGCCCUCUUAGCUCAUAAAGCUGGCCCUUUAUUUUGCUAUUACAUGCCUUAAUAUAUGUUUUAUGGAAAUUCUACAUUUAUAAUAUAUAUAUAUAUAUUUGUUUUUCUCUUCUUUUCUGGGAGGUACUGUUUUGUGCUAAUCUCUCUCUCCGCAGGGUUGUUGGCACCAGCCCUGCCAAUGCAUUACAAAAGCAGAUUCUUUGCCAAUUUAUCAGAAAAAAAAAAAAAGAAGAAAAAGAAAGAAAAAAAAUAUUUAAAA